CUACAGCAUAUCAAAAUCAUAAGCAUUGCAAAGAGCUCGAAUUACUAUAGCUUCUUGAACUUUUCUCAUUAGCUAAAUUUAACCAUGGCUUAUACUAGUUUGUCAACAAUCAUUUAUCCAUUUGUUGUUCUGGCAAUAUUAUCAACUACCAGUUACACAAUGGUUGCUGGAGCACGCUAUCUUUUAGAGUCACACAUACCACAACUUCCAAAACUUGAUUUGCCACCUCUAACAAAACCUGAACAUCAUGAAUUUCCCAAGCUGGAAAUCCCUAAAUUACCUGAAUUGCCAAUGCCUGAGUUGCCUAAGGUAUGUGAAUUGCCAAAGCCCGAGCUACAUAAGUUUAACGUCCCUGAAUUUUCAAAACCCGAGCUACCUAAGUUUAAUGUCCCUGAAUUUCCAAAACCCGAGCUACCUAAAAUCCCUGAACUGCCAAAGCAUGAGGCACCUAAGUUUGACAUCCCUGAAUUUCCAAAACCCGAACAACCUAAAAUCCAAGACUUGCCUAAAGUCCCCGAAUUGCUAAAACCUGAACUACCUAAAGUUCCAGAAUUGCUAAAGCCUGAGCUACCUAAGGUUGAUGUACCAAAACUACCCAAACUCGAGUUACCUAAAUUCCCUGAAAUGCCUAAAGCCCCUGAAUUGUCAAAACCUCAACUACCGAAGGUUGAUGUCCCCAAAAUACCCAAACCAGAGCUACCUAAAUUCCCUGAAAUUCCUAAAGUUCCAACCACAACUCCAUAAGAUGGAAUUAUUGCUUUCAUUGCAUUGUCUCCAGUUAUAUAAAGUUUUCUACUAUAUUUUGUCUUUCUCAUGUUGUAUGAUGGGUAUAAUUUGAUUUUUUUUAUUAAAAAAAAAGUCAAUUCAGAAUGAUAUGUUGUAUGUAGACUACAGCCACAACCAUAAGGGAGUAAUUGUUAUGAUUUAGUUUGAAUCCUGUCAAGGUUAUAAUUACUUUUAGUUUGAGUUUGUUUAAAUUGAUUUAUAUUGCUGCAGAUUGAUUAUCAUAUCCUUCAUGUAUAAGUGUGUUGAACUUACAAUAAGAUUCUACUUUUAGUGAAGAUA